AUGUUGCCAGAGUCUGGACAGCGUUCAGCUUCAGAGAUGAACAGAAAGACUUCAGCUAAGCUCACUUUGGUGGUUUUCUUCCUCUGGUGGGGCUGUCAUGCUGAGGAAGAUCCUGGAGCUCCAUCCUGCCCGGAACACCAGGAAGGUUUUGACGGCUCUUGCUAUGAGUUUGUGGCUCUGCAGCAAUCCUUUCGAAGUGCUGAAGGAUGGUGUGAGCAAGGUGGAGGACACCUCACCUUUAUCCUGAAUGAUGAGACACAGCAGUUCCUUCAGAAGCACCUGGAGCCUGACAAGAACUGGUGGCUCGGAGUGGCACCGGCCGCUCCGAACCUCACGCUCGAUUCUGCGGUCACUGAGGGUGUUCUCGCGUGGCUGGACGGCUCAGAUGUCAGUUACAGUAACUGGGUAAGCCUGCCGGAUGAUCAAGCAGCCUGUGUGUAUGUUCUCAGACAUUCAGGCUUCCAGUGGGAAGCUACGGAAAACUGCAGCCAGGAAUUCAACUUCAUUUGCCAGUUUGAUUCUGGGCAAUCAGUUGCAUGUGAUGGCCAAAAUGCUACACUGCAGUGUGGCUCUGGUCAAGUUAUAGAGAUUGACGACAGCUUCUACGGGCGGAAAACAAUCCACUACUGCCGAUCCAAACUUGCAACCUCACCCACUUCCUCCCAGGAAGAGUGCAGCUGGAUAGACCUAGUAGAUUCUGUAACAGCUCAGUGCCACGGACUGCAGGUUUGCCAGGCUGCCGUGGAUCGGAGUACCUUUGUUGACCCGUGUCCGGUGCUGGGAAGUUACCUGUCUGUAGAAUACCGCUGCAAGAAUGGACUUCAGCUGCUGAUGAGUAAACUUGCAGCUGUCUUUGAUAACGUCACCAUCACUGUGAAGUGGCUCCUUCAUCCGUUUCAGGGAAACUUAACAUGCACACUGAAUGCUGGAGAUGGCCACACUAUUGAUCCGUACAGCCCAGAGGAAAUGGAGAGCACAAUUAUACACAAAUUCACACAUCCUGGUGUCUUCGUGGUCGGAGUGGAGUGCUCUACCAGUGACUGGCAUGUUGCAGCCCAGAAAUCCAUAACCGUUCAGGAGCCAGUCGGAGAUUUCAGUGUAAUCAAAUGCAAUGGCCAGAAUAUGUCAACAGGUGGCACUAAAUGCAAUGCCCUUUUUGGUAGGCCAGUUCAAAUCCAGCUUACAGUGGAGGCAGGUACAAAUGUUUCCUACACAAUUCAUCAUGAAGCCUAUUUAGUUGCAAACUUAUCAGCGGACAGAGGAAUCACAGCACACAAUAUUACCCUGAAUGCAAGUGUGGUGGAGAACCUCGGUGGUGGCUGCAACAACUUCACUUUAUCAGCAUCUAACAGGGUCACAACUCGCACAGUGUCUGCUAAUCUGGAGCUGUGUCUGCUGCAGCCUGUUGAAGGCCUGCAGGCUUCUGUGAUUGCACAGGAAGAUGUAUGUCCCGACUCCGGUGAUCUCAUCAUUGGCGUUUCUUUGGAGCGAGGAGCCCCUGUGGAGCUGCUCUUCACACUCACUGGAGCUGAGGACACACUUUCAGAGAGCAGAGACUUGCUUGGUGACAGCUUACAGAUGUAUACAUUCUCCAGCCCACUUGAAGGAUCUCUGAAAGUGAAAGUGAAAGCCACAAAUGCCCUUUCAUCCUCUGAUAUCGAUGUGGACUUAGGGAAGAUACUCGAAGCUUGCCAGAAUUACUCCGACUUUUCACCGGGCAAAGAUGAAAACACAGCAGAUAAUGUGAGUGAUGAUGAUUCGGCUGAUUUGAAAAUAACUGCUACUCCUGAUACUUUGGUUGACUACACUCAGCAGGUUACACUCACAGUAACUGGAACUGAAUCCCUGUCCAGCAAAGAACUGGCAUUUGAAUGGAAAUGCAGAGGAGAUUGCAAAUGCAAAAACAAAACAAUGGCUAAAACUCAUGUGAUUGAAACAGAUUGCCUUCCAGAUCCAUUCGAGAUGUUCAGAUACAUUUUGAGAGUGAAGCGAAGAACUUGGUUUAGGAAGUGGACUGACCUCGCUUCAGCCUCUAAGUGUGUCUCUGUUGUUCCUUCAAAAGAACUCACAGAUGUCACCAUCAGUUGUGAUAAUUGUGCUUCAAUAAAUGUGAACGACCAUGCAAAGCUAAGGCUGAGCUGUGUGACAACGUGCCCACUUGUAGUUUGGUAUAUUGAGGAUCUCAAACCUUUGACAGGUAGCCUCAGCAGAUGCUAUUCCAAAGCAGGAAGACAGCCACCUACGGAGAAGCAGGAUGGCAACACUGAAUAUACGGUACACAGCCAGUACCUAAAAGUUUCAAGAGACAUGCUGCGCAACAUCACUGUAAUUGCUUAUGGCAAGAAGAAGCCUGGUUUUGUCAAGUACACACUUCCUAUACCAGACCUCGAGCCAACUGAACCUCCUACAGCCUCAGCAGUCACAACUGAUGCAGCGAUGGAGCCCUCAGUCCCCUCAUGUACCAUCUCCCCACCAUCAGGAACUGUGCUCGAUGCUUUUGACAUCACCUGCAAACCAACGUCUUUCUGCUCUAAAGGCUGUCUUUAUUGUUUCAAGACCAACACAGGCACACAUCUACGAUGCAGUGCUUCAAAUGAGGUGAAAUCGGUCUUCUUGCCUCUCGGCGAUGCAAACAACAAGUACAGUUUGUCUGUUGUGGUGACUGUGAAAAAUGAAUAUCAAACAGCAACUUCAACUGUCAUCACUCAAGUACGUAAAAGUGACUCCAGUGCCUCCAUCAGCGCUCUCCAGUCUGCAGUGGAGGACUCUGUGAGUCAGUUAGAGCAGCACGGUCUGCUCACCGGUGAGGCGCUCGGACAGAUAUUUGCUUCUGUUUCUGAUAUGCUGAAUACAGUCAGUGACCAAGCUCAGAAGGAUGAGAGGUCAAAGCUAAGAGAGCAAAUGCUGACCAAAAUGACUGCAGUUCUGCAUGACUCCCCCAGCAACACAACUCAGGAGGUGCAAGUGACCGCCAGAGCUGUGGCGGGACUCACACAGCGCUCAGAUGAGCUCAGCCCUGCUGCUCAAGAGGAAGCAGGUUCACUGCUGGUAGACCUCAGCUCCUCCCUCAACACUAUCCAUGUCAAUCAACAGAGCACAGAUCAUGUAGAAGUUGUGCGAGCAGCUGCACCCAUAAUUGAAGCAGCCAGUAAUAUUUUGAAUGUUUCAUCAAACAAAAAAGUCUCAGAGUUUCUUCUGACUGGGAUAAACAAUGUUCAGAGUGCUCUGCUGAACGAUAAAGAGCUGAAUGGAGAACCUGCCAUCAUUGAGUCCGGCCAAAUAAGUGUGUAUGUGAACAGAGUAUCUCCAAAAAGGAUGCAAACGAUGGGUAUAAAUGCUCAGAAGAGUAGCUCCUCAAGAUUUUCCUUCCCUGCUCUACCUCCUGAUACUGUGUCUCCAGAGGAGCCCGUGGACGUCAGAAUGAUGAGUUUUGAGAAGAAUCCAUAUUCUUGGAAGGAGGAGAACAUCACAGGAACCGUAGGAUCUGUUUCCCUCACCAGAAUGAACGGCACUGUCAUUUCUGUUGAGAAAUUACCUGAAGAGAUAGAGAUUCUCCUACCUCGGCUUGACAUUGGGCAGGAAAACAGCACAGUCCUGGACCUCGCCAAUUUCAGCACGUUAAUAAUUGACAUUCCAUCACCGGAUGUGACACUGGUGCUGAAAUUUGAGCCUUCUGAAGACACUUCCUUCAUGCUGUUCCUGGGAUAUAAAGAUUAUCCAAAUGAUAAGGAUUAUGUAGCCAAGACAAAGAUCCCUAUAGAGAAUGUGAGAGAAGAAGAAAAAUUUACCUGGGUGCUGAGUCCCAAAGAUAGAACAGAAGACACUGGAAUUCACUACCUUGUUAUAAGGCCCAUUGUAGAACCAGGAACCAAAUCCAUCAACAGCAGUGUCACUGUCAUUUCUAUUGCUGCUCAGUGCAAAUACUGGAAUGAAACUGAAUCUUUUUGGAGUGAGGAUGGCUGCAGGGUUGGGCCUCUCACCACACCUUUGGUCACUCAGUGUCUCUGUAACCACUUGACUUUCUUUGGAAGCUCUUUCUUUGUCAUGCCUAACUUGGUGGAUGUGUCCCGCACUGCUGAACUUUUUGCUACAUUCACCAACAACCCCGUGGUGGUGUGUUUUGUUGGGGCCAUUUUUGCUGCUUAUCUGUUGGUGCUUGUAUGGGCACGCAAGAAAGACAUCCAAGAUUCAGUCAAGGUCAAGAUAACGGUUCUUGAGGACAAUGACCCCUUGGCUCAGUAUCGUUACCUGCUGAGCGUCAACACAGGGCACCGACACGGGGCAUCCACCUCCUCUCAAGUGACCGUAACUCUUCUGGGUACAGAGGGAGAAAGUGAGCCCCACCACCUGACAGAUUCUGAGAAGCCUCUGUUUGAGAGAGGUGGGGUGGACAUGUUUCUGCUGACCACACACUUUUCUCUUGGAGAUCUGCAGAGCAUAAGACUGUGGCACGACAACUCUGGAGAUCAUCCUGCAUGGUAUGUCAGCAAAGUGGUGGUGCAGGAUUUGGAGACUGGUCAAAAAUGGCACUUUCUGUGUAACUCCUGGCUGGCGGUAGAUAUGGUAGAGUGCACUCUCGACAAGGUAUUCCCAGUAGCAACAGAGAUGGAUCUGAAGAGAUUUAGUAAUCUGUUCUUCAUGAAGACAGCCAAGGAUUUUCGUGAUGGCCAUAUUUGGUUCUCUGUCAUUAGUCGGCCUCCCUGCAGCACGUUCACACGUGUGCAGAGAGUGUCCUGCUGCUUUUCUCUACUGCUGUGCACCAUGCUGACCAGCAUAAUGUUCUGGGGCAUCCCUACAGACCCCUCUGAGCAGACGAUGGACCUGGGUCACAUCGAGUUUACCUGGCAACAGGUUAUGAUUGGUGUUCAAAGUUCAAUCAUCAUGUUUCCCAUCAAUCUCCUUAUCGUGAGUAUCUUCAGAAACACUCGUCCUCGAGAGAAAACCAUGAAAGCAGAUGUGUCGAAACAGGGGAAGAGCAUUCGAGUUUCUCCUUCACAAACAUCGUCCCCUCAGAAAGCGAUGAAAGGCAUCACACCAGAUACUGUGAUCAAGGACAUAAAAAGAAUCACUCAGUCGCUCUCAAAGACCAUAAAGAGCCCACUGCCACAUCUGGAGCUCCACCCUGGUCAGCAGGCUGAUAUCAACACUCUGCUGUCCGUGGUGGAGGACAUCAUCAGACAGCAAAACAGAGCAGCUGGAGACUUCUACACUGAUUCCUCAAAGAAGGAUCCCUCUAUGAUCCUUAGUUUGGAUACAGUGAAUCUACAAGAAACCAGUGUGUGGGGGAGCUCCAAGAAGACUUCAGAUGUAGCCCGGAAGAAGAGCAAUAACAGCCAGUACCUGUAUAGGCAGCUGCAGCUUGUUGAGAAGGAACUUGGUAUGUUGGGAUCAUCUCGGUUUCCAAAUCCAGACAGCUACAGGCGAGCCAUGCAGCAAGUUCAGGGAAUGAAGGGUCUUCUGGAGUACCACCUGCCCCUCUCAAACCUGGAUGGAGACGAAUUUAAUUGUUUCCCCAGUCGAGAGGAGAGUAUCACUGAGAACACUAACAAGAAGUGCUGCCAAGGAGGACUGCCCUGGUGGUUUGUGUUUAUCGGGUGGAUACUCGUGGUUGCAACUAGUGGUGUGUCAGGAUACUUCACUAUGAUGUAUGGGCUGACUUACGGGAAAGACCGCUCUAUAAGCUGGCUUAUCUCCAUGGUGGUCUCCUUCUUUGAGAGUCUAUUUAUCACUCAACCUUUAAAGGUUCUUGGUUUUGCAGCUUUCUUUGCUCUUGUUCUGAAGAAAGUUGACCAAGAGGAAUACGGAGAGCCUCCUAUAGACGAGAGUCUCAGAAGCCCAGAUAAUCCCGAUGCAGUCCAUUCAGCAAGGAGAGACAGCACCUGCAGUUUCUAUAAACCACCACCUCCUACUGAUAUCGAGAGGAUGUGGAACAACAUGAUUAAAGAACAGAAAGUCUUUGCUCUCAUACGGGAGAUUCUUGCCUAUAUGGGAUUUAUGUGGAUGUUACUCCUGGUGGCGUACGGUCAGCGGGACCCUAAUGCUUACUUUCUGACCCAACACAUUCGCUACAGCUUCAGCAAAGGCAUCUCAGACGUCAUGAGUAUUCAGGAUGUGUUCAACUGGGCAAACACAACUCUGCUGAGCAACCUGUUUGGAGAGUUCCCAGGAUUUAUCACAGAUGGAAACUCAAAGCUGGUGGGCAACGCUCGUCUCCGCCAGGUGAGGGUGCUGAAAAACUCUUGCCACACAGCUCUCUCCAUGCAGCAGUCUGUCCCGCACUGUCACGCUCAGUACUCAUGGGAGUUGGAGGACAUGGGAUCCUAUGGCCCUGGCUGGACUCACUCUGUGGGUCAUAACGCCUCAGUGAACAUUCAUGACCCGUGGAAGUACAAGUCUCAGAGUAAACUGAGGGCCUACCCAAUCUGGGGUAGUGUGAAGUUCUACAGAGGAGGAGGGUUUGUGAUGGAUCUGGGGCCAGAUUUACAGAACUCCAGCAGAAUCCUUCAGUACCUUUAUGACAACACUUGGAUUGAUGUGUACACCCAAGCAAUCUUCGUUGAGUUCACUGUGUACAAUGCCAAUGUAAACCUCUUCUGCAUCAUCACACUCAUCCUAGAGACCACAGCGACAGGAGCUUUCCAAUUCCGUAGUCAACUUCAGAGUGUGCGCCUUUACCAGUCAACUGGUGGUCUUCAUAUCUUUGUCAUGGCCUCUGAAGUCAUCUACUUUCUCUUCAUCUUCUAUUACAUGUUUGUUCAGGGAAAGCUGAUGAAGAAACAGAAAAGGGCUUAUUUCAAGAGUAAGUGGAACCUGCUCGAGUUGGCGAUCAUCAUUCUCAGCUGGAGCGCCCUGUGUGUCUUCAUCAAGAGAACUUUACUGGGAAAUAGGGACGUGAACUUUUACCAGAACAACAAAGACCAAUUCACCAGUUUCCAUGAAACGGCCAGAGCUGAUGCGGUGCUUGGAUAUCUGAUUGCCUUUCUGGUACUGCUGGCUACAGUCAAACUGUGGCACCUGCUGAGACUGAACCCCAAGCUGCACAUAAUUACAGCCACACUGCAGCGAGCUUGGACUGAUAUUUCAGGCUUCCUGGUGGUCAUGACCAUCAUGUUUCUGGCCUACUCUAUUGCUUCUAACCUGAUGUACGGGUGGAAGCUGUACUCCUAUCGGACUCUGCUUGAUGCUGCACAGACCGUGGUCAGCUUGCAGCUUGGUAUUUUUAACUAUGAGGAGGUUCUGAAUUAUAAUCCAGUGCUCAGUGCUUUCCUCAUUGGGUCUUGCAUUGUGUUCAUGACCUUUGUGGUGCUGAACCUCUUCAUCUCUGUCAUCCUGGUGGCAUUCGCUCAGGAGCAGAUACAUCACAAGCCAUCAGAAGAGGAGGAGAUUGUGGACCUGAUGCUAAUGAAAAUCUGCAGUUUGUUUGGAAUCAAAUGUAAGAAAGGAGGAGGAGAUGGCCUAUCUGGGAGGCCAGAUAUUUCAUCUGUGCCAAAUAACACACUCAAAACAAUUUCUUCUGGGAAUAUUCAUGAGGGAUGAUAAGUCACCCUUCUGUCAGAUAGACACUUUAAGACCCACAGAAUGCUUUGCUUUAGUUCUUACUUGCCAUGUCUAGCUUAAUUUAGUUGUCAUGUUGUUGCUUUGACUGAAUAUUUUUCUGUACUGCUACACAGCUGUCACCAUUGUAUGAGAAACUGAAACACUACAGAUGGUAGAAACUGAGGGUAAUCAUGAAGUAUAUUAGACAUUGUAUGUAGAAUGCAGUGUAUUGUGUUUAACAAAUAAAUUUGUAUUUCU